AUAAAAAGAAUUCAAAUUAGAAUAUCAUCUAAUGCUUUCAUUUUGGUAAAUGUAUAGACAUUUAGAAAGCUUCAGUUUUAAAAUGGUUAUACGAAUCUAUAAACUUUGAUUCAUUUAAUUUAAAAUUUCUGUAUUAUAUGGGAAAAUUUUAUAUUUUUCUCAACUUGCGAUACCCUUUUUUUAUUCAAGCAUACAGCUUUGAAGUAGAUAGUGUGAAUACAAGUAAAAAAAACAUAAUAUGAAUUUGUAAAUAUUUAAACAAUAUAUAUGAGAGUUAAUUAUACACCAACUGUUGCAUCAAAUAUAUUGAAUGCUAAAUCUGCUAUCUGUAAGCAAGGUAAGGUGAGUUGUACUUUUUUAUUUGGUGGAAGCUGCUUCCUGUUUUAAUGGUCAACUUUGUAUCUGUUUUUUUCUUAUGUAAUCAUUGUCAUAACAAAAAUGGGUUUCAUUGGAAAUAACACUUACUUUAUACAUAUAAUAAAAUUUUUUUAUUUAUUAAUAGUGUUUUUUUUAAUAACAGAAUCACCAAGUGUAUCCAGCAGUUUAGAGGAAGCAGCUGUUUCAGCUAGAUCUGCAUCACCAGCAGAAGGAAGAACAAAAACUUCAAAUGGACCAGCAUCUCCUAAAAUUACUGCUGUUCAGUGCCCUCCACCUCCUCCACCACCUCUUCCAACAGAGAAAACUCCACCACCAAAACCAGCUAAACCUCAAAAACAACCUAAAGAUGCUCAAAAUAUGCUUCAGGAAGAACUUAAAGAAAGAAUGACAUUAGGACCUAAAUCACAUAAGAAGUUGGCUAGUAUCCAACAACUAAAGCAUAUGCAUUGUAUUUACAUAACACCUGAAAGCUCUCCUUUAGAAGUUCAAAGUUGGUUAGAAGUGAAAGGAUUUUCACCAAGGACAUUGAAGAUUUUGAAAGAAAUGAAUGGUGAAAAUAUGUUUGAACUUUCAAAAGAGCAAAUGGAAAAAUAUUUAGGUCAUGAAGAAGGAACAAGACUUAACAGUCAUUUGACAGUUCAGAAAAAUAUUUGUGGUUUUAAAGCUUACAAACAUCAAGAACUAAAAUCUAUUUUGGAUAAAAGGAGGCAAAAAGUUGAUGGUAUUAGUGAACAAACCAACAAAGAAGUUUCUGAUAAUUCGUUGCCAUCAAAGGUUACAAGUUCUAAAGAAGAAGAAGCCGAUCCUGAAGUUGCUAGUAAAACUUUACGCUAUCUCUUGAGAGAUCAGCGAAAAAAGAUUGCAUCUCAUUUAGAACAAAGUGAGAAUAAAUGAAUUUCCAUCAUUUGAUUGCACUAUUAUUAAGUGCCAAUUGUGUUGAUUACAGUGAAGAAAUGUAUCCACAGCUGAAGAACAAAGCCUCGGUUGUCCAUCGUAAACUUUGUGUUCAAAUUGUGCCUCUAUCUCUAAACUGUGCCAUUAUCUAAAAUAAUUAGAAACUAAUCAUUUAUAAUGUAAAAAAAGAAUGACAAGAUUUUUUAAAUCAUUCUCAUUUGGAAUGUGAUUGCUCAUAUGGCAUUUGUAUAAAAUUUCUUCUAUAAAGUGUUUUAAAAUAGUUAUACAGUAGAAUUUAAUAUAUUAACUUUUGUAAUUAUUUUAAAAUAUGCAAUAAUGAAUUUUUGGAUAUUUCAUCUCUUGAAAAAUAUUCUAUAUUGAUUUUAUAAAUACAAUUUUGUGCAAUAAUUUAUAACAAUUUGACUGUGAAGAUGUAUAAUUCUAAUAUUGUAUUUAUAAACAUUCCAUUUUUCUAAGACAUUUUAUAAUUUUGAAUGCAAUGUGUUUUGUGAAAAGUUCUUUUUAUUGAAGUUUUUAUAUGAUAUAUCAACAGAAUGUGAUUUCAGCUAUUAAAUUUUCCUAAAACACAUUCAUUCUUGCAUUAGAAUGCAGGAAUGCAUAUUAGAUUUAAUCAUUAGGCAAUAAUGAUGAUAGUUGUUACAUACUAUUAAUAUUACAUAUAAUUUAUUAUUUAAGAAAUAAGAACAGAUUUAAAUGCUUAAAUAUUAACAUUUUUCAUAUUAUUUAAAAUUGAUUUUCAUACAUUUUUGAACUAUAAAAAUCCACUUUAUUCUGUAAUUGUUGAAUUUAUAUAAUACUUUUUUAAAUAUUCAGUUAUGUAAAGAUAUAUUGUUCUGUAAAAUCAACAGUUUAAUGUUGUAAUUAGUCAAAUAAAUAGAUAAACAAAAUAUAAAAUAUCAAUUUAUUUUAAGCAAUGAGGACCAAUGGAAUUUGUUACAAAAAUUUCAUGAAUUUUUGUAAUCCAUUUUCAUAUAUAACUAAUUUGUAUCUAUUUACAUAAGAGUAUUUAUACUCCUGAUUUGUUCAAUAUCAUGCACAAAAAAGAGCUUUGUGAGAAAAAAAAAUUAUAUUCCAUUCAGAUGGCAUUAUACAUAUUUUACAGGAAUAAUGGACUAUUUUCUUAAUAUUCAAUUAGAUCUAAUUUUAUCCCAAACUGUAAUUAGCAGUUGAAAAAAAAUUACUGUUGUUGUCUAAGUUUCUGUGAUUAAAGAUGAGCUUUGUAUAAUAAGAAUACAUGUAGAAUGAGGAUGCAUUUAUAAAAUGAUUCUCAUUUUGUAAAUGUGAAUACGGUUCUAAAUGCUCUUGUUAUAAUUUUGGGCAUUAUUAGCGAUUACUUUGAUGCAAAUUUAUUCAGUUAAAUGUAAUGUAUUUAGACUUUUGAAUUUAAUGUUGACAAUUAGAUUUUGAUUGACAUGAUUUUGUUAUAAAAUUUCAAUUUGUUAACUGCCAAAUAUGGCAGGAUUGAUAAA